AUGACUGCGGAGGGCGUCCACAGCCUCCCCAGGAGAGGAGGAGGGAGCCCCCGGAGCCCCGCCGGAGAACCAGGAGGAGGAGAAGGGCCCACCGCCACCAGCACCUCCCAGUCCCAGUCCGCUUGCCCUCCUCCGACGGCUCCGCCGCCGCCGCCUCUCGCCCGCCAGCCAUGGGUCACUCCGGAGGGGAGCCGGCCUCAUCCCCACGUCGUCAACGACACCCUCGAGUUCUACCGGUGGAGCUGGAGCCUCCGAGAUAAACGUGUCGACAACUGGCCCUUGAUGCAAACUCCAUUUCCCACAAUGGCUAUCAGCACUGUAUACCUCCUCAUUGUUUGGCUAGGACCAAAAUGGAUGAAGACAAGAGAGCCUUUCCAGUUGCGCUCAUUGUUGGUUACUUACAACUUUGGAAUGGUUAUACUUAAUUUCUAUAUUUUCAAAGAGCUAUUUCUAGCAUCAAGAGCUCGGGGAUACAGCUAUAUCUGUCAGAGUGUGGAUUACUCAGAUAAUGAAUAUGAAGUCAGGAUAGCUGGGGCUUUAUGGUGGUAUUUUGUAUCAAAAGGAAUUGAGUACCUGGACACAGUAUUUUUCAUCUUAAGAAAGAAAUUUAACCAAAUCAGUUUUCUACAUGUCUACCACCAUUACACCAUGUUUACUUUGUGGUGGAUUGGCAUAAAAUGGGUGGCAGGAGGACAAGCGUUUUUUGGAGCCCAAAUUAAUUCUUUUAUUCAUGUUGUUAUGUAUAUGUACUAUGGACUAGCUGCCUGUGGCCCAAAAUUCCAUAAAUACCUUUGGUGGAAACGAUAUUUGACUAUAAUGCAGCUGAUGCAAUUCCACAUAACUCUUGGUCACACGGCCAUGUCUAUUUAUAUUGAUUGUCCCUUCCCUAAAUGGAUGCACUGGGGUGUCAUUUUCUAUGCUAUCACUUUCAUUGUCCUUUUUGGUAACUUCUACUAUCGGACAUACAAGAUGCCCAAGGAGCCAGUAAAGAAUGGCAAGAUUUCUAAUGGUGUUGUGGCAAAUGGUACAAGCAAACCAGAAAACAGUCUAGUUGUGGAAAAUGGAAAGAAGCAGAAGAAAGCAAAAGGAGAGUAACUUGAUCCAGGCCUUAACCACUGUUGGCAGCGAGGAGUCUCCAAUUGGGUUGUAAAAGAGAAAGAAGUGUUAUCCUAUCUAUACCAAUUGACUUUUAGGCUAUUGAAGAGAUAGAAAACAUUAUUUAUGAAGAUUGUUUUAACAAGAAUCUUUCAACUUUAAAAUUUUCUCUUGUAAUUAUGUAAUUAUUAAGACUUUCAUGAUCUCUAUGUAAACUUUUAGACUGCAGGUGUUGCUAAUGUAAGAAAUAAUUGCUGGCAUAGUAUGCACUGUCAGUCCAAUAUUUAAUAUUACAGUCAACCCAGGAUACAAUUGAUUUGUUGGAACAGACAUUUCUUUAGGGGUGGGCGGGAUCUUAUAAAUCCUUCUGAUUCUGUCAGAAAUUGUAAGGGAAAAUAAUCCUCUAAUUAAAACAUGGAAUAUUUCUUGCCCUCUUUUAAUUUUUUUUAUCAUAGUUUUGUUUGCAUUAUCUUAGCCUAGGUUAUAUUGACACAUUAAUUUGUCUGAGUUUUUCCAUCAUGUUUGUUACCACCUCUUAUAGUGUUGAAAUACACCUACCUCUUCAUUUGCUGAAAAUAACAUCUAUUAUUAUAGACCUAUUUCUGAAAUAUGUAAUUUGCCUCUCACAUAAAUUUUGAUUUAUGCAAAUUAGAGAAAUGUUUGCUCCCAUUAAUAACAUGUAUUUUCUCAUUAACAAAAUGUCCUUUUUGUUUAACGAUAAAAUGUAUUGAAACAAAAGACAAACCACGUUCUAAAACAAUUUCGAUUUUGAAGAGGAAAUGAUCCUAUCUGUUGUCUCCAAUUGCAUGGAACCCAUGGUGCUAAUGCUUAUAAAAUGGUUAGGUGUUAUAUUGGCACUGGAGGGGAGAUGAAGAACAGAACUCAGUUUUUGUUUUGCUAAUGGCCUAUUUAGUAUGAGACCUGUUGAAUAUAAAGAGAAGAAAUGAAUCUGCAUAAAGUGUCUUGCAGGUGGAGGUCCUCACCAGCCGGAGGACUCAAAUUAGCCAUAAAUAAUUAGUUCCAUUCAGUUCAAUGGGACUUAAUUGUGAUUAGCUAAAUUGGAACCCAAGUGCUUAAAUGCCAUGAGCAACUGCACUGUAGAUGUAUUGCUGUGAACUGUUUACUUACAAGAAGGUCUUGCUUUUUAGUACUGUAAUACUUGCAGACUCAUGAUCUGUUUAAACAGGCACUGUACAUAUACACUCGUUUAUUGUUCUUGCAGUCAUGUUACUGCAAGAGCAGUAUUAGCUGAGAAGGUUGUAUUCCUUCCAUAUCAGCUUCUCUAAGGUUGCAAAUCCAAUAUACAGUUACCUGGAAAUAAGUUCCCCUGAACUCAGCGGGGCUUGCUUUUUAGUAGACAUGCAUAGGGUUGCAUUCUUUGUCUAGUUUCCAUGACUGAUUGGCCCAUCAAUCCUUCUGCUGAGCCAUUGUGGCUUCUCUCUAACACUAAUUGUCAAGCAUACCUCAAGCUCUCUUUUACCAUGAACUGUAUAAGUUUUAUUGCACUACUGAGACAAAAGUUCAAUAAGAAUUCUUCAGUGUACAGAGAGAAGUCAUGAUUUGCUCCAGCAUGGAGUGAAUUUGAGGGAAAAUUAGAACUGAGGAGGUCUUUAGCUUUUUGCUGUCAAUAUUGGAGCCAGUAGUCAUACAUUUAUGAGAGAAAGGCCUUUUUGGUAGUAUAUUUUAUAUCAUUAAAAUAAAAACUGUUCAGUUGAGACACUGAAUUCUGUUUUACCUUUCCCCAUCUUGUAUUGUCUGUAAUAAACAACAGGAGAAGAAAGAUUUUUACUGUAUCUUUGACUUAAUGGUUUUAUACCAAACUCUGAUUUUUCAGUCACCAAACAUAAUUGGAAGGACUAUAAACAUUUAUUUGACACUGAGGAUAGUCACAAGCUAGCUUGUUGGCCUUAUCUCCAAAAAAUAAAUUGAAAUGGUGAAUACUGCUCUGGGCCAUAAUCCUAAACACACUUACUAGGGUAUUGGCCUCAUUGGACACAGUGAGACUUACUUCUGAGUAAACAUGUAUAGGAUUGCACUGUGCUGGGCAGCACGUCAGAUCUAUUGGAUCUUAACUGGUCUGGGACCAUUAGCAGACCUCUUUGCUUAGUCUUGUUUCUUUUGUGCUUUCCAGAAGAAAGUACAAAAAUGGGCAAUGGACAAGAUAAAUAGAAAUUCUGUUGAUUUCAGUGGGGGAGAAUUAAGCAUGUGCUUUAAACUUCCAUUGAAAUUGGUGGGACUUGCAUGUGCUUAACCUUGGCUGGAUUGUUCCCUAAAAUGUAUGGAAAUAAAAAAAAAGUUAAACUUGUUUGCUGAUAUUUUUGCCCUCUUUUGUAGUGUAUUAGGAUUUCAGCAUGGUGCACUACUCUAUUAUAAUCCAGAUUAAGUAAAGCAUCUUGAUGAAAAGAUACAGGAUAUUAGCAUUUUGUACCUCUGCAGGUAAUAUUGGGAAACGUUCUCUUACAACAAUGCUGUUAUUUUUGCCACACCUGUUGACAUAGAUUUCAUCUGCCCUAA